CUCCCGCCGAAGAACUGCCUCCUCAGGGCGCAGCGGCUUUGCCACCAGAGCCGGACGACGCAGCGUCAGAGGCGGCAUCGGGCUCCGAGGAGCGCGGCGACGAGAUUGGUUCCGAGCUCGGCGUCAAACAGGAUGAGCUUGAGAGUGCCAAGCGUGAGCUUGAGGAGGAAGAGGCUCCACCGCAGGGCGCGGUAGCCAAGGUUGAGAAUGAGGAGCGCUCGCCCGAGGCGGCAGCGCCGCAGGCGGAGGAGGAGGAGGCAGCUCAGGACGAUCCGCCAGCAGGCGCUCCCCAGGUAGGGGAGUUCGUGGAUGUGCAUGGCAUCGGGCAUAGCAUCGUGCGUUGCAACCGCUGCUGUCGCACGGCAAAGGAGUGCAACUACAGGAUCAAGGCGAAGGGCCAGUCGACUUACCAGUGCGACGCGUGCAACACGAACGGGGUGCGCCUUUCUCGGAGGUUCGGACAGUGGCCGCCAAAGUGUUUCGCCAAAAUGAAGAGUGAGUUCAAGCAGCAGUUCUACAAGGAUCUGGCAGAAGAUCCUGGGCUGUCGAACCUCGAUCGCAUUGAAGCCUUCGUGGUCAGCUCAAUCACUGUCCAACGGAUGGAGGAGGAGCGCGUCCGCAAGGGUGGCAAGUACCUUCCGCUGAGGAAGUGGGCGCACGACGGCUUCGACGCGAAAAAGAUUGAAGAUAAUGUGCAGGAUAAGAGGUGGAACCCUGAUCUCGGGGAGUGGACGUACAGGCCGCAAUUGGAGGCGGCCUGGAGCGAGACAGUGGAGGCCGCAGUGCGCAACGAGCUGUACACCGAUAAGAGGACGCAGGCGAAGCAGAGCGGCCCGCGGGCAGCGGCCUCGACGGGCGUCGCAGAGCACGGCGGCGACAAGGGCGACAGAAGCGACGAGAGCGACAUGUCCAGAUCCAGGAGCCGCUCGCGCGGCGACCGCGACAGGAGCAAGAGCCGCCGCAAGGGCAGGAGCAAGAGCCGCGGCAAGAGCAAGGACAGGAGCAAGAGCAGGGAUAAGGACGCUGAGAAGGAGCGGAGGCGACAGGAAGCGAGGGAGAAGGCCGAGCAGGCCAAGAAGGAGACGCAGGAGAAAAACCUGGCGCUGAAGUGGAUCGGCACCGCAACGAGGCUCGAGACAGAGCUGGACGGGUACCUCGAGCAUGAGAAGGCGGACAAGGUGCCGUCAUGGGCUGUGAAGAACGCGAAGGCGGCGAGGAAGUCUGUGGCAGUCAUGAAGGCGGUGGCGCAGAAGCGCGUGCACAGCGGCGUGGCGUUGACGAUCACGCAGGACGAGGCCAUCAGCAUCCAGAAGGAUGCGAGCUCGGCGGCGAGGGCCAUCGCGGGGAUGCUCAAGGAGGCGCAGAAGCACAGCACCUGA